AUGUUCUCUUCUUCGUCAUCUGGUGCAGGAUCAUCUUCGGGAGGAGGUUCUGGAUCUGGAUCUGGUUUUCCAAUGCAGCCAAACCUACCGGGAUCCCAUCAGCCAAGAUGCGCCAUUUGCCUCCAUGCCGUCUACAUGCCGUUCAGAAUGCCCUGCGGGCAUAUAAAUUGCUUCAACUGUCAGAAGAACGUAGGCACAAGAUGCACUUUGUGCCGUCAGGAGUUCAAUGUCGGACUCUUCAAUUACACUCAACAAAUAAAUCUCAAAGAAGCGGUUCAUCCAAACUACGUGGACGCGCAACCGGAUUCAGACGGAAGAGUCUUCGUUCAAGACAUGGUCUAUGAACGCGAUGAGGACGUCAAGCCAAGCGUUGAGGAGCUAAAAGCCGCGAUGGCAGCAGCGGCGGUAGCGGCGCAGCCAGUGACAACUGAAGGAAAAGAAGUUGCUCCUCCGAAGAUGCCAUACUUCCAUGAUCGGAACUCUAAAGUCUUCUGGCUCUACCAGUCCAGAUCCGUGAAAGAAAAAAAAGAGGCCUGGUGGCGCUUCAAUGGUAGAAUGGAGUUGGACAUCGAGGAAGCAUUUCAAAGGCGCGACGACGGUUACAUGGUUUACAUAGAUGGACAGAACUACUCGAUCGACUUUGAUGAGAUGAUCCAGUUCCGGAUGUCGAAUCCUGCCGUGAGCAGAAAAAUCAAGAGAGUGAACAGUGAUGAAUUUGACCAGCUUCACGUAUUGGGAAUCGGUGGAGUAAUGGCAAAGACCGGAGAGUGGGAAGUGAAGUAA